UAGCGGCGGCGCGCGGCCGAAGACGGGCGGCCGCGCGGGAGUGUGUGCGCCGGGAGCGGGCUGAGGGAUUGCAAGGCAGCCGGCGGCGACCAUGGCAGCGGGCCGGCGGCGGCCGUAGUGGCCCAGGCCUGGGCUUCAGCCUCCCGGGGCCCCAGAGGGCGGGGCGGUCCGGGCCGCGGCGGUGGCGGCGCCACUUCCCCGCUCCCGCCCGAGGACUCCUGCGGGCGCUCGCGGAGUACCAGCGGACCGGCGGCGCGAAUCUGACUGAGGGGCGGGGACGCCGUCUGUUCCCCGGGGCUCCCGACAGGGCCGGGCCGGGCAGGCCCCUGGGAGCAGUCCCCGGGCGGGGGACCACCGCGGAGACCCGAAGCCGGAGCUAGAGGCGGGCGGUGGGCCCAGGCGGAGUCCCGGCCGAAGCUGGUGGUGCGGGGGCGGUGCUAGGCCCCGAGGCUGCCGGACCUGAGCGCGAAGAGCCUGAGUGCGGGUCCGGCGGUGGCGGCAUGAGCCGGCCCCCGCCGACGGGGAAAAUGCCCGGCGCCCCCGAAACCGUGCCGGGGGACGGGGCCGGCGCGAGCCGCCAGAGGAAGCUGGAGGCGCUGAUCCGAGACCCUCGCUCCCCCAUCAACGUGGAGAGCUUGCUGGAUGGCUUAAAUUCCUUGGUCCUUGAUUUAGAUUUUCCUGCUUUGAGAAAAAACAAGAACAUAGAUAAUUUCUUAAAUAGAUAUGAGAAAAUUGUGAAAAAAAUCAGAGGUCUACAGAUGAAGGCAGAAGACUAUGAUGUUGUAAAAGUUAUUGGAAGAGGUGCUUUUGGUGAAGUGCAGUUGGUUCGUCAUAAGGCAUCGCAGAAGGUUUAUGCUAUGAAGCUUCUUAGUAAGUUUGAAAUGAUAAAAAGAUCAGAUUCUGCCUUUUUUUGGGAAGAAAGAGAUAUUAUGGCCUUUGCCAAUAGCCCCUGGGUGGUUCAGCUUUUUUAUGCCUUUCAAGAUGAUAGGUAUCUGUACAUGGUAAUGGAGUACAUGCCUGGUGGAGACCUUGUAAACCUUAUGAGUAAUUAUGAUGUGCCUGAAAAAUGGGCCAAAUUUUACACUGCUGAAGUUGUUCUUGCUCUGGAUGCAAUACACUCCAUGGGUUUAAUACACAGAGAUGUGAAGCCUGACAACAUGCUCUUGGAUAAACAUGGACAUCUAAAAUUAGCAGAUUUUGGCACGUGUAUGAAGAUGGAUGAAACAGGCAUGGUACAUUGUGAUACAGCAGUUGGAACACCUGAUUAUAUAUCACCUGAGGUUCUGAAAUCACAAGGGGGUGAUGGUUACUAUGGGCGAGAAUGUGAUUGGUGGUCUGUAGGUGUUUUCCUUUUUGAGAUGCUAGUGGGGGAUACCCCAUUUUAUGCGGAUUCACUUGUAGGAACAUAUAGCAAAAUUAUGGAUCAUAAGAAUUCACUGUGUUUCCCUGAAGAUGCAGAAAUUUCCAAACAUGCGAAAAAUCUCAUCUGUGCUUUCUUAACAGAUAGGGAGGUACGACUUGGGAGAAAUGGGGUAGAAGAAAUCAGACAACAUCCUUUCUUUAAGAAUGAUCAGUGGCAUUGGGAUAACAUAAGAGAAACGGCAGCUCCUGUAGUACCUGAACUCAGCAGUGACAUAGACAGCAGCAAUUUCGAUGACAUUGAAGAUGACAAAGGAGAUGUAGAAACCUUCCCAAUUCCUAAAGCUUUUGUUGGAAAUCAGCUGCCUUUCAUAGGAUUUACCUACUAUAGAGAAAAUUUGUAUGUAGUUUAUUAUCUAUUAAUAUUUACUGUUUUUAGAAUCUCAAUUAAGUGUGUGUAUGUGUGUUAUGUUAAGCUUGCCACUGAAAUGCUUUUUAUUAUAGUUAACAGCUUAAAAGAUCAACUUGAAGAUUUGAAAAAAAGAAAUCAAAACUCUCAAAUAUCCACUGAGAAAGUGAAUCAACUCCAGAGACAACUGGAUGAAACCAAUGCUUUACUGCGAACAGAAUCUGAUACUGCAGCCCGGUUAAGGAAAACCCAGGCAGAAAGUUCAAAACAGAUUCAGCAGCUAGAAUCUAACAAUAGAGAUCUACAAGAUAAAAAUUGCCUGCUGGAGACUGCCAAGUUAAAACUUGAAAAGGAAUUUAUCAAUCUUCAGUCAGCACUAGAAUCUGAAAGGAGGGAUCGAACCCAUGGAUCAGAGAUAAUUAAUGAUUUACAAGGUAGAAUAUCUGGCCUAGAAGAAGAUUUAAAGAACGGCAAAAUCUUAAUAGCGAAAGUAGAACUGGAGAAGAGACAACUGCAGGAGAGAUUUACUGAUUUGGAAAAGGAAAAAAGCAACAUGGAAAUAGAUAUGACAUACCAACUAAAAGUUAUACAGCAGAGCCUAGAACAAGAAGAAGCUGAACAUAAGGCCACAAAGGCACGACUAGCAGAUAAAAAUAAGAUCUAUGAGUCCAUCGAAGAAGCCAAAUCAGAAGCCAUGAAAGAAAUGGAGAAGAAGCUCUUGGAGGAAAGAACUUUAAAACAGAAAGUGGAGAACCUAUUGCUAGAAGCUGAGAAAAGAUGUUCUAUAUUAGACUGUGACCUCAAACAGUCACAGCAGAAAAUAAAUGAGCUCCUUAAACAGAAAGAUGUGCUAAAUGAGGAUGUUAGGAACCUGACAUUAAAAAUAGAGCAAGAAACUCAGAAGCGCUGCCUUACACAAAAUGACCUGAAGAUGCAAACACAACAGGUUAACACACUAAAAAUGUCAGAAAAGCAGUUAAAGCAAGAAAAUAACCAUCUCAUGGAAAUGAAAAUGAACUUGGAAAAACAAAAUGCUGAACUUCGAAAAGAACGUCAGGAUGCAGAUGGGCAAAUGAAGGAGCUCCAGGAUCAGCUUGAAGCAGAACAGUAUUUCUCAACCCUUUAUAAAACACAAGUUAGGGAGCUUAAAGAAGAAUGUGAAGAAAAGACCAAACUUGGUAAAGAAUUACAGCAAAAGAAACAGGAAUUACAGGAUGAACGGGACUCCUUGGCUGCCCAACUGGAGAUCACCUUGACCAAAGCAGAUUCUGAGCAACUGGCUCGUUCAAUUGCUGAAGAACAAUAUUCUGAUUUGGAAAAAGAGAAGAUCAUGAAAGAGCUGGAGAUCAAAGAGAUGAUGGCUAGACACAAACAGGAACUUACCGAAAAAGAUGCCACAAUUGCUUCUCUUGAAGAAACUAAUAGGACACUAACUAGUGAUGUUGCCAAUCUUGCGAAUGAGAAAGAAGAAUUAAAUAACAAACUGAAAGAUGUUCAAGAGCAACUGUCAAGAUUGAAAGACGAAGAAAUAAGCGCAGCAGCUAUUAAAGCACAGUUCGAGAAACAGCUGUUAACAGAAAGAACACUCAAAACUCAAGCUGUGAAUAAGUUGGCUGAGAUCAUGAAUCGAAAAGAACCUGUCAAGCGUGGUAAUGACACAGAUGUGCGGAGAAAAGAGAAGGAGAAUAGAAAGCUACAUAUGGAGCUUAAAUCUGAGCGUGAGAAAUUGACCCAGCAGAUGAUCAAGUAUCAGAAAGAACUGAAUGAAAUGCAGGCACAAAUAGCUGAAGAGAGCCAGAUUCGAAUUGAACUGCAGAUGACAUUGGACAGUAAAGACAGUGACAUUGAGCAGCUGCGGUCACAACUCCAAGCCUUGCAUAUUGGUCUGGAUAGUUCCAGUAUAGGCAGUGGACCAGGGGAUGCUGAGGCAGAUGAUGGGUUUCCAGAAUCAAGAUUAGAAGGAUGGCUUUCAUUGCCUGCACGAAACAACACUAAGAAAUUUGGAUGGGUUAAAAAGUAUGUGAUUGUAAGCAGUAAGAAGAUUCUUUUCUAUGACAGUGAACAAGAUAAAGAACAAUCUAAUCCUUACAUGGUUUUAGAUAUAGACAAGUUAUUUCACGUCCGACCAGUUACACAGACAGAUGUAUAUAGAGCAGAUGCUAAAGAAAUUCCAAGGAUAUUCCAGAUUCUGUAUGCCAAUGAAGGAGAAAGUAAGAAGGAACAAGAAUUUCCAGUGGAGCCAGUUGGAGAAAAAUCUAAUUAUAUUUGCCACAAGGGACAUGAGUUUAUUCCUACUCUUUAUCAUUUCCCAACCAACUGUGAGGCUUGUAUGAAGCCCCUGUGGCACAUGUUUAAGCCUCCUCCUGCUUUAGAGUGCCGCCGUUGCCAUAUUAAGUGUCAUAAAGAUCACAUGGACAAAAAGGAGGAGAUUAUAGCACCUUGCAAAGUGUAUUAUGAUAUUUCAACGGCAAAGAAUCUAUUAUUACUAGCAAACUCUACAGAAGAGCAGCAGAAGUGGGUUAGUCGAUUGGUGAAAAAGAUACCUAAAAAGCCCCCAGCUCCAGACCCUUUUGCACGAUCAUCUCCUAGAACUUCAAUGAAGAUACAGCAAAACCAGUCUAUUAGACGGCCAAGUCGACAGCUUGCCCCAAACAAACCUAGCUAACUGCCUUCUAUGAAAGCAGUCAUUAUUCAAGGUGAUCGUAUUCUUCCAGUGAGAACAAGACUGAAAUAUGAUGGCCCAAAAUUUAUUAAAAAGCUAUAUUUUCCUGAGAGACUGAUACAUACACUCAUACAUAUAUGUGUUCCCCUUUUCCCUGUAAUACAAAUUACAAAUCUGGGCUCCUUUGAAGCAGCAGGUUGAACCAACAAUGAUUGGUUGAUAGACUAAGGAUAUAUGCAACUCUUCCAGACUUUUCCAUAAAGCGCUCUCGGCAGUCACUCACACUACAAUGCACACAAGGAUUGAGAAGAGUUAAAGUCUAAAGAAAAUGUCUUUUCUAGCUUCAACAGAGAGGUUUCACCAGCACAUUUACCAGAAGAAUCUGGGAAUGGAUUCCACUACAGUGAUAUUGACUGCAUCUUUAAGAAGUGACCAUUAUACUGUGUAUAUAUAUAUAAACACACAACAUAUAUAUAUAUAUAUAUAUAUAUAUAUAUAUAUAUAUAUAGUACGCUAAUACUGCAAGGUUUUUUAAACUUCCCACUUUAUUUUUUUAUACACAUUAAUCAGAUAUCAUUACUUACUGCAGUUGCAACUAUGCACUUGUAUAAAGCCAUAAUGUUGGAGUUUAUAUCACUCAUUCCUGUGUACCUGAUGGAAGUUGCAUGUUCAUGUUUAAGCAGUUACUGUAACAAGAAGUUUAAAGUUAAUUAUAUCAGUUUCCUAAUGCUUCAUGAUAGGCAACUUGACCCAUUUUGAAUGCCUUAAUUUAAUUUUUUUCAAAGUCUCAGCCCUUUCUGUAUUAAAAAACAAAAAAAGUGUUUACCAGCUCUUAGGAUGUAAACUAGCUUUGUGGAAGAGAAAUCGUGCACUAUUUUUACACAUAAAUAGUUACAUCAAUGUCAGCCUAUUUUGAUUAACAAAUGUUUUUAAAGUAUUAUUGGUUCUAGAAACAAUAAUGGAUGGUGUUGGAACUAAUAUAUCCUUGAUGUCUAUUAUUCAUUCAACCCUUUUUACAGACCUCAGUAUUAGUCUGUGACUACAAAAUAUUUUCUUUGCUUUAAAUUUGCUGGCUACCCUAGAUAUGUUUUUAUUCCUGGUAAAGACAUUUGUGAUUACGUUUUCACACUAAGAUUCAAAAAUUUUCCCAAAUACAAAGAAAACUAAGACGGACUGUAGAUACAUUUUAAAUAUUUAAAUAUGAUCCUCAGACAUACAGCUGUGUGUGGCAAUAUUUUAAUACUGGGUUAAGAAAACUGGUAACUGGGAAGAAGUGGCCUCAAAGGCACUUAAUUUGAUUUUUAUUUUUUAAAUGCUGUCAAAAUUACAGUUUAUGCAGGGCCAUUCGUGUUAUAUUCUCAUGAUCCCAGAUAAGUGUAUGUUUUAUACUGCAACAGUAUGCAGCAAUAGUAAGCAUCAAGUUUUUGUUUCUUGUUUUUUGUUUUUUUAAAUUAUGAAGUCUUUUAACAGUCUCUCUUUAUAUAAAUACACACAGAGUUUGGUAUGGUAUUUAAAUACAUCAUCUGGCCGGGCGUGGUGGCUCACGCCUGUAAUCCUAGCACUUUGGGAGGCUGAGAUGGGCGGAUCACCUGAGGUCAGGAGUUCAAGACCAGCCUGGCCAACAUGGUGAAACUCUGUCUCUACCAAUAUACAAAAAUUAGCCGGGCAUGAUGGCGGUUGCCUGUAAUCCUGCUACUCGGGAGGCUGAGACAGGAGAAUUGCUUGAAGCCAGGAGACAGUGGUUGCAGUGAGCCAAGACCGCACCACUGCACUCCGGCCUGGGCAGCUGAGCGAGACUCCGUCUCAAAAAAAAAAAAAAAAAAAGUCAUCUAAUAUUUCGAUGAAGGAAGUAGACAUUUUUCAUUGAUUCCCUCUGACAUCAGUUAGAGAUGUUUAAAGAGUUAGAUCCCCACAAUAGAUAGUAUUGUGGAAACUGAAGAGUAGCCACUGGCCUACUGAUAGACUGAAACUGAUUUUGUUAUUCUUAUGUUCUCCAGUCUGCACUCUGCUGUGCUGUCUGUGCUCAGACUAGAUGUGCAUGCCGUUUCCCUUGCAGGUGUGUUCUGCAGCUCUGGUUUUGGGGGACAGCUCUUUUUUAAGUAAGAUUAAAAAAUAAAAAAUAUAUAAAAUUUAUAUAGAAUAAAUAUUUCCAUUCAUUAGAGUUGUUAAAAGGAGACUGAAUUAAUAUUUUAUAUAAAGAUUUUGUUACAUUAUGGGAGGUUCUAUCCUAUUCUGAAUUGGAGAGUAUAUAUAUAUAUAUAUUUUUAAUAAACUUUAUUAAGGUGAAAUAAUUUCAAGUUUACACGAGUAACAAAUAUUUGAGUAAAAAAGGCAAAAGUUUAAAUUUGGAAUGCUGUAUAUAUUAGAGAAUAUGAGGAAUCAUGGUGUGACCAACUGUACAAGGAAGAUUCAUAUGAAGGUCUUAGGGGAAAAAUAAUUCUGAAGGGUGAAAAAAAAAUCUCUCCCAUGGAGAUUCUUCACAUUAUAUGGUUUGACGUAAGGGUUUAUAAGGUUGUUUGUCCAACUAAUGAAAAUGCGCUUAAUAAAACAUUCUGGCCUUGGGUGAGAAUUCGCUUUUUACCGCAUUGCCGCUUUCACGUACAUACAUGAGUGCAUGCAUCUAUAAAUGUGUUUUCUUUCCAACACUUAUUAAAUAUGAAACAACCUGAUUUUGUGCUCGUUUCUCUUUUUUCUUGAGGCCCUAAAGCUUCCAAGAUAAAUAUUUAUAAGACUAAAAGUUGCUUGUUCCUUCACACCUGAUUUCUCCUAGAGCCAUAAAUACCUCCUGUGGGGAACUAAGAAAUCAUGAAUACUGGGAUUUUCUUAUUGGAUUUUUUACUUUUGUUUUGUGGGGAUGACGAGACAGAAGUGAAAGGAAAACUGGUGCCGAUAUUGCUGUUUAAAUUAUAGUGAAAGUUUUUAAAGUAUUCAUUUUAAAAAACCAUGUUCUCUAGAAACAAAUUUUUAAAAUCUAUAUGAAAGUUUUAAAAUGUUCUAGCUAACUAAUGGAUAAGCAUACCAGUAAAGCCAAAAUAAAGGUUAGUGCUUUUAAAACUAACCUGUGUUAGAGUUACAUGAAUCCGGCUCUAAAGUAUCUAUUUUGCAUCCAUUUAUCUAUAGAUCCUAAACAGAAAUACUCUAGGUUGCUACACCACAGUUUUAAGAAGUUAUGCUGCGGCUGUUAUUCUCUUCUAGGAUUCCGGUGGUAAAGUAGAGAAACUCGGACACUGUAUUAACCUUAUUGAAACAUGCUUUAAAUCGUGUCUAAAAUCUGAUUUCACUGCCGAGCUUCUCAGUCUGCAUUGACACUGCUACUGACUCACCUCUCCUUCCCUGGAAUAAGGCUUCAGCUUCCCUAUGUUGUGAAGAUACCAUUUGUAAGCACUUUGAACAUAAGCACUGUGUGACAGCGCUGGAUAUCAUGCUUGGGGGGGCCUCUCCCUGACUCCCAUCCCCGUAAUAAUGAGUUUUGUUUGAAAUUGUAAUAAGUAAUGAACUGCAUGGUUUAGAAAAUCAUAAAUAUUUAAUCAGCUGUCCCCUCUGAACAAAAAUUGCACCCCUUUUUCUUUUUUAAAGUUUUGUUGCAUCUUGGUAGUGUGUAAUUGUAUUUCAUGCCUGCUUUUUAUAAAAAAAAAUAAAAUGGAGACAUAA